AUGCCCCCAAAAAUCACCACCUACAUUUGUUCAAAGCAACAAAAUCUCCUCUGGAAAAACCUGAGUAAGUAUCACAACUACUUAACGAAAGUCCGUCAAACUGUACCCACAAAUCAACUCUUUAUAAUUGACUUACGUUGUGAAAACUCGAUGGAUAUUCUAAAACAGGCUGAAAAACUCGAAAUGUUUAAAUCGCCAGCCAAGUGGUUGAUAUACGGAGAUGCGAAUCAGCUUCUGGGUCUCCACUUCGGACUCGACAGUCAAGUUUUCGUAAUGAAUCCAGAAUCGGAACGCACAAUCGCAAUUUAUAAAUAUUCAUCGACACAAACCGACUUUGUACAAGAUUACGUGGAAAAUUAUGCCGACUUUUCUAUUGUUAAACGAACGAAUCUUAUGGGAAAUGUCGUAACUACGUCGUACGUUAUUACGAAUGAGGAUUCGCUGAAACAUUUAGUGGACUACAGAAAUAGACACAUGGACGCCUUAAGCAAACUUAACUACAUUCUUGCUAAUAUCCUAAUGGACUACUUGAACGCUACAAGAAAAUUUAUAGUGCGAAAGUCGUGGGGGUACAAAAAUGUAACCACGGGAGUGUUUUCUGGAAUGGCGGGGGAUUUGCAUACCGGUUUAGCCGAUCUGGCAGGUACACCGCUAUUCAUCACACCUGAACGGAUGGAAUUCAUUGAUUAUAUAGCAGCAACGACUCCAGCUUUCAUGAAAUUUAUUUUCAGAGCACCUCCUCUAUCGUACGUCACGAAUGUCUUCACUCUCCCUUUUGACUCCGCCGUUUGGCACUACUCCUUCGUAAUGGUUGCAAUAGUGGUAGUUUUCAUCUACGUCAUCGUCGCUUGGGAGUGGAGGGAGAUAAAAUUUCGCAAUACCAUAGUAGACCAUCCAACUCCCCCUCUCCGCCCCAAUUUUUUUGACGUACUUAUGUUGGAAAUUGGGGCUAUUACGCAACAAGGGAGCGACGUGGAGCCCCAAAGCAACGCAGGAAGAAUCAUCACGAUCUUCACUUUAGCCACUCUUAUGUUUCUUUACACUUCGUAUUCUGCAAACAUAGUGGCGUUGCUGCAAUCCACGACUAACAGUAUUCAAACUUUGGAGGAUUUAUUACACUCGAGGAUAAAAUUAGGAGUCGAGGACAUAAUUUACGGACACUACUAUUUUGAAAAUGCGAAAGAGCCCGUAAGGAAGGCCAUCUACGAGCAAAAAGUGGCCCCCAAAGGCCAGAAACCCAACUUCAUGACAGCCGAACAAGGAAUACGGAAGGUGCAAGAGGGGUUUUUUGCCUUCCACGUGGAGCUCCACACGGGCUACAACCUCAUCAGCAACAUUUUUCAAGAAGGGGAAAAGUGUGGCCUUAAAGAAAUCGAUUACGAGAAUUUUUUCGAACCUUACAUUGGAAUUAAGAAAAGGUCGCCCUACAAGGAAAUCAUGAAGAUCGGGUAA